AUGAACAUGUAUUUUUUCUUUAAUUUCUGCAUUCACUUUUUCUGUUUCUAUAAUAUAAGCUAUUUCUUUCUCCUUUUCUUAAAUAUCUUCUUCAAUUUCUCAUUGCGUCUUAAUAAUUCUAUCUAUCUAUCUAUCUAUCUAUCUAUCUAUUUCAACUCAUUCAUAUUCUAUCUCAUUCAUAUCUUAAUAAUUCUAUCUAUUUAUCUAUCUAUCUAUUUCAACUCAUUCAUAUUCUAUCUCAUUCAUAUCUUAAUAAUUCUAUCUAUCUAUCUUUCUAUUUAUCUAUCUAUCUAUCUAUUCUAUUCUAUUCAUUCAUAUCUUAAUAAUUCUAUCUAUCUAUUCUAUCUCAUCUUCUAUCUUAAUAAUUCUAUCUAUCUAUCUUUCUAUCUAUCUAUCAUUCAUCUAUCUAUCUAUUUCAACUCAUUCAUAUUCUAUCUCAUUCAUAUCUUAAUAAUUCUAUCUAUCUAUCUUUCUAUCUAUCUAUCUAUCUAUUUCAACUCAUUCGUAUUCUAUCUCAUUCAUAUCUUAAUAAUUCUAUCUAUCUAUCUAUCUAUCUAUCUAUCUAUCUAUCUAUCUAUCUAUUUCAACUCAUUCAUAUUCUAUCUCAUUCAUAUCUUAAUAAUUCUAUCUAUCUAUCUAUCUAUCUAUCUAUCUAUUUCAACUCAUUCAUAUUCUAUCUCAUUCAUAUCUUACAUCUCAUUCUUUGACCUUCUUUUAUGGAUAUGGGCUGGCUCACAUAACACAUCUAUCUAUCUAUCUAUCUAUCUAUCUAUCUAUCUAUCUAUCCAUAACUCGCAGUCACUUUCUCACAGACGCGCCGUCGCCUCUCUCUGA